AUGUUUGAUUGUGGUUACAAGUCACAAUACAUUGGUGGCCAGAAAGAGAAAUUUGUCAGAUUGGAUGACUUGGACUCUACAAUGUCGAUGAGUGCUGAUACCAGUAAAAUGAAGAAAUCUGUAUUUCAUAUUGAGGCAUUACCUUUUACUGGGAGAAACAGAAAGGCAACAUCAUCAAAAUCAUUGAAGUAUGGAAUUCAGAGGGGAUCAGACGGACUAAAGACAUUUGGUAGAACAUUAAGAACUGGGGUCACCCGUGCAGUGUUCCCGGAAGAUCUUAAAGUGUCUGAUAGAAGGAUAUUUGACCCCCAAGACAAGUCCCUUCUGUUAUGGAACAGGCUUUUUGUCAUAUCAUGUAUCUUUGCAAUAUCCAUUGAUCCUUUGUUCUUUUACCUUCCAAUCUUCGAUGAGAAACAAGAUUGCCUCACUAUUGAUAGAAACUUAGCAGCCACAACUAUAACUGUGCGGUCAUUAGUAGAUGCUUUCUACCUUAUUCGCAUGACUUUACAGUUUCGCACAGCUUAUAUUGCCCCAUCAUCUCGGGUGUUCGGAAGAGGUGAACUUGUGAUAGAUUCUUCACAGAUAGCAAAGCGAUAUCUACACCGCUAUUUCUUUGUCGACUUUGUUUCCGUGCUACCCUUACCACAGAUUGUGGUUUGGAGAUUCUUGCAUGGAAAAGGGUCAGAGGUAUUGGCUACGAAACAGGCAUUGCUAUUUAUUGUCUGGUUUCAAUUAUUGCCAAGAUUUAUCCGCUUACUAGCUUUAAAUUCAGACCUUAAAAAGAGUGCAGGCUCUUUCGCCGAAAGUGCUUGGGCCGGGGCUGCAUACUAUUUGCUCUGGUUUUUGCUGGCUGCUCAAGUCACUGGGGCUGCCUGGUACUUGUUAGCUGUAGAGCGCUAUGACACAUGCUGGCGGGAGGCUUGUAUUGAAAGUAAAAAAUGUUCGAUAAACUACUUGUACUGUGGCAUUUCUGAAAAUAUCCCAGGAUACAAAGAAUGGUCAGAUAUCAGAGUGGAAGUUCUUAAUAAGAGCUGCACUGCUGAAGGUGACAUUCUGCCAUUUAAUUUUGGAAUCUUUACAGAGGCGAUAAGUUCAAAGGUCAUUGCAUCCACAGAAUUUUUCUCCAAAUUUUUAUUCUGUUUGUGGUGGGGACUGAAAAAUUUAAGUACACUUGGCCAGGGUCUUGAAACCAGUACCUUUGCUUUAGAGAUUCUAUUUUCCAUAGGGAUAGGCAUUUUUGGCCUCAUCCUCUUUGCACUUCUGAUUGGAAAUAUACAGACCUACCUUCAGUCUCUCACGAUUCGUCUCGAGGAGAUGAGGAUUAAAAAGCGUGACUCUGAGCAGUGGAUGCACCAUCGCUGGCUUCCACAAGAUCUUAGGGAAAGAGUUCGACGCUACGAUCAAUACAAGUGGUUGGAGACUCGAGGUGUAGAUGAGGAGAGCAUUGUCCGGAGUCUUCCAAAAGAUCUCAGAAGGGACAUUAAACGGCAUCUCUGCUUGAAUUUGGUUAGAAGGGUGCCUCUUUUUGCCAAUAUGGAUGAGCGGUUGCUUGAUGCCAUUUGUGAGCGUCUAAAACCAAGUUUAUGCACAGAGAAUACCUAUAUUGUGCGGGAAGGGGACCCAGUUGGUGAGAUGUUGUUCAUCAUUCGUGGUCGCCUAGAAAGUGUGACGACAGAUGGUGGUCGGAGUGGAUUUUUCAACAGUGGUGUGCUAAAAGAAGGAGACUUUUGUGGAGAAGAGCUCCUAACAUGGGCAUUGGAUCCUAAAGCUAGUUCUAACUUACCAUCAUCUACUCGAACCGUGAAGGCUAUAACUGAGGUUGAGGCUUUUGCCUUAGAAGCAGAGGAGUUGAAAUUUGUUGCCAGCCAGUUUAGGCAUCUUCAUAGCAGACAGGUUCAGUACACCUUCCGUUUCUACUCCCAGCAGUGGAGGACUUGGGCAUCCUGCUUCAUCCAAGCUGCUUGGCGCCACUACAGAAGAAAAUUGGCAGAAAAACAGCGUAAGGAGGAGGAAGAAGGCUUUGACUAUAGCGAAGGAGAUGAUGAUAAUGACGAUGAUGAUUAUCGAGGCGGUUCAAUUACAAGCAAGCUUCGUGCCACCUUUUUUGCAUCCCAUUUUGCAGCAAAAGCACUUCGCGGUCAUAGGCGUCGCAGUGCAGGUAGCACAGGUAUCAUGGGUAGCAUGGGUAGCACGGAGCUGAUGAAGCUGCAGAAGCCCCCUGAACCUGACUUCUCAGCUUAUGAUGAUAAGAAUUGAUAUCCAAAAUCCAAGAGCUGUAUAAAAUGUAUGAUUUUUGGUGGCAGUUUAUUAUAUGUUCAUAGGCUUGAUGUGUCAUCAAAUCAAAUGGAUGCCAACAUUAUGUGUCAUAAAAUAAAAAUCAAGAAAAAGAACUCUUCUU